CAGUACAUAAUAUUAGUUCAGUUUACCGGAACAACACUCGAUCUGUAAAUGAUUGGACAUUUGAAAUGGUCAUUGUCAGCUACCGCGAAACAACAAUAUAGCAAGAGGAUUUUCGUCUGUGACUCAGUCAGCAAGGCACAGCCACAGCUGGAACCGCCGGCUGUCGUGUGUGCCGAUUCGACGGGACGAAGUCCCGAAAGAAACAAUCAUCGCCGCUCUAAUCAUGCCAAAUGCAGCGCUAUAGGAUUACCGCGCCGCCCGGAAUAGCAUGUGAUAGUAAUUAUUGCUCGAUGCCUCCGACUGUGAUACAGGACAAACAGAAGAACUGUCCCGCAAUCAGUAAUUUGUCCGUGUGCGCUUCGUGUACGUGAUUUCAACCGCCGCGAUCAGCCGGCUGUUUAGUUUAGUGUUUGUUGUUAGUAAUUGAGAUAGUCUUCAGCACACAAUGAAGCUAUCAAAGUAUAUCGACUGGUUGCAGAUCCGUGCUUUGCUCAAAAAGGAUUAUUUGGUGCGGAUACGACAACCCUGGAUGACCAUCGUCCAGUACGCGUGGCCCUGUUUGGUAUUCCUAUCGUUGUACAUUCUGCGGAAUCGGUUCCAAGCGGAAGAGAUCGGCGACUGUCAGUUCCCGACCCGGCAGCUGCAGAGUAAUGGAAUCCUCCCGUUCUUCCAGUCGUACGUCUGUACCAUCGAAAACGAGUGCAGUAGUCCGCAGAAGUUCGAGGAAGUCAGCCUCUUCGAGCGGGCCCCCGUAACACCCCUACUGGACAUUAUUCAGAUUUUCCUGGAUACCCCGCAAAUCUACGAUCCGGUGGUGAAUUUAGCUCGGGAAAGGAAUCUAAUAGGAACGGUCACCGCUAUCGUUACUAAUCCGCGUUUCAAGGAGAUUGAAACGAACGCCGAUAAGCUAGUCAACAUGUUCCCCGAGAUCCAAGCGAUCGUCGGAGAGAGCUUCAACAUCGAAAAACUGUUCGCCGACAAUCAGAUGUUUUCCAACUCCGGCAAAAUAUUGUGCGGCAAAGCAUUCCCCCGAAGUGAUAACAUUCGGUUCAUCAACAACGUACUGUACUCGCAGGACUUCAACGGGGCAGAUCCGGACGAGCUGGCGGCAAUGCCGACGCCAUACUGUAAACAGCUGUACCUUGAUGUUACCAACAGUAACAACGGGAAGAUAACCUGGAAAACGUUGAAGCCGAUUCUGCAGGGCAAGAUUCUGUACGGACCGUCCAGCGAGAGAAAUGAUGAAAUCGUUAAAUUCGCCAAUCAAACCUUCGUUGACAUGGGUCGUCUGCGGGACUUCUUCAAAGGGUUGAACACUACAGUUGGUCUGCUGCACACGGACGAAUCGUUCCGAGCGAGCUUCCAGAAUCUGAUCGAACUAGCAAAGUCUCCGAUUGUGCAGUUGAUCACCGGCGGAAACGUCAACAUUGAGCUGAUUGAGUCUCUGUUGAAUGGAAUCAUGAAUGAAGAAACGGUUGCUACUAUACUGAACACGAUAGCAAGCAUUUUCGAAUGCUUCUCUACUGAUCGCUUCGUACCGGUUGCAACGGAAGCUGCCCUAGAGGAGGAAGCAUUCAAAUUGAAUCAGAAGAAGUUAUUUUUCGCUGGAUUGGUUUUUGAAAAUGGAACGAAUCAAAAUGACAUAUUGUACAAGAUUCGGAUGCGAACGGACGAUACUCCGGUGACGGAGGAGAACCGAAACCGAUUCUGGUUUCCCGGACCGGAGGCUAGUUUCGAGCUAGAUAUGAGGUACCAUCGUGGGUUUAUCCAAAUUCAGCAUGCAGUAGAUAUGGGAAUAAUCAAAGCACUAAAGAAAGAGAAGGUCGAAGCCGAAACAAGCAUGGUUGCGGGUUUGGCUGCUGAUUUAGGUCUUGCACUUGGUGGUGGUGAAGCAGUCGAUGAGGAAGCUGAUGAUGACGACGACGACGUCGAAGAAAGCACAACAGCUGCAUCGAACAGUACUACGGAGGAACUGGACUCGCUGUUCGCUAACCUGAGCAAAAAAGUAACCAUUUCUCAGUCGGAUCUGAACAAAUUCAGCAACAAAUCGGCCCUCGAUGACUUUUUAGAUUUUAACGACGACGACGACGAAGAGGAGGAUGAGGUAGACGAUGAGGUAGCCGGUGAGGAAGCGUUUGAUUCAAACGAUUCGUCGUCUACUACGGAAGCGACUCCUAGUCGCCGUAAGCGGGCACCACAGUUCAACUUUAUGAGUCUCUUGCUGGGUGGUGGGUCUGGAAAGACGAACCAGGAAAUCGUCUAUAACGUUUCUAAAGAAAAGUUCUACACUAAAGAAUUCCCAUAUCCGAAAUACGUGAAGGACAACUUCAAGAAAGGUCUGUACCUGACUCAAUCGAUUCAGAUGUGCUUCUUCAUUGCCCUAAUCGUGCACGUGUCAUCGUCAGUACGGCAGAAGAUCUGGAUGAAGGAAAGUGGUAAUAUUAUGAUUAUGCGAUCAAUGGGUCUCAAGUCCAACUCCGACUCUAUGUCAUGGGCGAUAACUACAUUAAUAGAACUAUGCAUUGUAUUCGUACUAUGCCUGAUCAUUCUUUAUGGCGGUGGAAUUCUAGUACAUUCCAGUAAAAUAUUCUUGUUCGUGUACCUGCUAGUAUUCGGCCUUUGUCUAAUGGCUUUCUGCUACAUGUGUUCAAUGUUUUUUGCUUCCGCUAGUAUCGGAUCCGUUUCGACAGUAAUUUUGUUCCUCGCGACAUUCCUACCGUACAUCAUAAUAAUCUCACUAGGGGCUGUUCUUAAUUCUGGGUGGCAAUUUGUGGCGAGUUUAUCAUUUUCGACGGGCUUCUGUUACGCUUGGAGGUACAUAAUGCGAAUGGAACUGCAGUAUCGUGGUGCCGAUUUUGUCUCCGCAUUCAGUGGUUCAAUGGAGGAGAAUGAUCUCAUGUUUGGAAUAGUGAUGAUGGUAUUGGAUACUGUAGUUUAUUUCCUCAUUGGACUGUUUUAUGAAAAGAUGACUCAUGAGGAUACAACCUUCAACCAGGUUGUCAGAGCAAAACUGGAUAAAAACGUUGGAGCGGAAUUACGAAACGUUGACGUGAUUUACGAAAACGAUAAAAAGGCUUUGGAUAACGUUUCGGUAACCUUCAAAAGGAGCGAGGUUACAUGUCUCCUCGGUCGCAACGGCGCUGGAAAGAGCACAAUUAUAAAACUUCUAACCGGUCAGAUUCUGCCAGCAGUUGGCGACGUUCAUCUUCCACUGGACUACGAUCUCAUAUCCGGUCUACGGAACAAUGCGGAAAAAAUCGGAUUAUGUUCGCAAAACAAUAUCCUCAUUCCUAACCUCACCACCAAAGAGCAUCUACAGCUGUACGCACGCAUCAAACUAACCAAAGGGUUUGAAACCGAAGUUCAGCGAACUCUAGAUAACCUCAAGAUGGGUAAGUACAAAAACUACCACGCGUCCGAACUGUCCGGAGGCUUCAAACGAAGGCUGUGCAUUGCGAUCGCAUUCCUCGGAUCGCCGAACUUGGUUAUACUCGACGAACCGUGCAGUAGUGUCGAUACCAAGGCCAGAAAGAACAUUUGGGAGCUGAUUCAGACGCUGCGCAAAGAUCGUGCGGUCAUUCUGGCAACGCAUCACCUUGACGAAGCGGAAUGUUUGAGCGAUAAAGUUGUCGUUCUGGAUGAUGGAAAGGCUAUUCUGGAACAAAGCCACGAGGAACUAAAGAAUCAAUUUACGAAUACGUUGUACGUGGAUAUAACGCUAAAAGCGCUAACAGAGAGCGAGCGUGCCGGGCUUAUCGCCGAACUCAAUGAAAUCAUCAACAAGCAAGCUAAGCUGCGGUACGAAGUAACGAAACUUCCCGGAAAUAAAUUGCAGUACAGACUCAACUACAAAGAAGCUAGUCCGUCCGAUGUAGACUUACAACCCCUGUUCGACCAGCUGAACCUGUUCCAGGAAAAGACCCUCAUCCUGAGCUACGAUCUUAAGAAUGAAAAUCUCCUGAAUAUAUUCAACGCUGUGCACGCUCGUGAACCUCCUCCAGUCGAAAAGUCAGAGCCCGAAAUUGUACCUGCCAACGGAACUCAGGAAACGAAACCAAUCGAACAUCGACAAAGCACCUUCCAGAUACUCCGGUUCCUUUUGCGCAAGCGAUACCUACAUUUCUGUCGCAGCUAUCGACUUCUGAUCUGCAUGCUGGUUCUUCCGACACUGUUCGAAAUCAUCGCCAUGCUCUUUAUGACCAUCCGACCACCGGGUGAGUACGAUAAAGCUCUGGACCUGACCGACCGAUUGUACGAAGGAGCUGCUGAAUUCUACACCAAGACCGGUAACGGUACCGCCUUCGAGCUAGACGUCGACAGCAAUAUCUUAGCACACUGCAAUGAGGCAGACUGUUAUCUAUUCAAUAGCUCAGAACAAGCCUUCCGGUGGAUUUUACGAACAAACGCAGAGUUCGAAGAACGACGCUACGGUGGCUUGACAAACCGAAAGGAUAAGCACUUUGUUUGGUAUAACAACAAGGGAUACCAUUCAAUGCCGAUUUGGUUGAACAUGCUAGAUUCGGCGAUCCUAAAAGCAGAGUUGGAGAACAAUACCUACAACAUUCACACAAUCAACCAUCCAUUGAAGAUAGAGGAAGAUGAGUUGACGGUAUCGUCUAUACUUCAACAAGUUGCCGACGCUGGAAUAUCCUUGAUUAUUCUGCUAUCGUUCAGUUUAGUGCUAGCUGGAGCCUCCGUUUAUAUAGUAAAUGAACGAACUCGUGGAGAGAAGAUGCAGCAAAGGCUAGCUGGAGUGAAGCUUCGUCAUUACUGGGGAGUCGCCUACCUUUGGGAUGCCAUGAUAUUCCUGAUCGCUGUGGCCCUAGCCGUUGUCGUCUUUCUAGCCUUUGGCAUCCCUGUUUUCGUAGAUAAAGACCAACUGGGCGGAAUUUGUCUGCUACUAGUGUUCUACGGCUUUGCCUCCAUUCCAGCCAUACAUCUGUUCGAGAAGUUAUUCAACGACGCCAGUUUUGCCAACAUGUCCCUUUUCUGUUUGAACGUUAUCACCGCUUUGGGAACACUGACUAUAAUCAUCCUGUUCGACAUUCUCGGCGAAUCGGAGAUGACAGAGCACAUCCGAAACGUUCUGAACCGUGUGUUCCUGAUCCUUCCACAGCACGCUCUCGCGGACGGGUUGAUUGAACUCUCGAAGAACUAUAUCCAGGCCGAGAUCUUCAAGCGAUAUUACAUCAACACGUACAAAUCUCCGCUGGAUUUACUUCAACCACAUUUGAUUGUUUUGGCAGCGAUGGGAGUUUUGUUUAUGGCCAUCAACUCGGCUGUCGAAAGGAAAGUUCUUCAGAGAUUCUUCCUCGCAGUUGAAGCUUCACAAAUGCCGGUUUACGAGCUUCAAACCGUAGAUUCGGAGGAAAUUGUUAUGAAUGGCAAUGGGAAGAAGAAAUCUUUCACAGCAGAUCAGAUCCUGUCGGUGGAUCGGCUGACCAAACGUUACCGACAGGGUGAUACAGUGGUCAAUGAUGUUUCCUUUCAGAUACACUACGGGGAAUGCUUCGGGUUGCUGGGAACGAAUGGAGCUGGUAAAUCUACGAUAUUCUCAAUUCUGACUAGGGAAAAGCUGCAAAGCAGCGGCAGUUUCAGUUUCUUUACUUUCAAUGGCCUGUCCUACUGCCCGCAGAAUGAUUUUCUGGACCCUUUGCUCACCGUCGAAGAAGUCAUAGAAUUCUAUGGCAAGCUGCGGAAUGUCGAGAACGUCGAUAAGUUGGUGAUCGAAACUCUACGGGAAUAUCACCUCGAACCUUACAAACGUAUUCUAGUGAAAAACUUGAGCGGCGGCAAUCGUCGCAAACUGUGCGUAGCUGUUGCCUGCUUUGGCAACACCGAUAUCAUCCUGAUGGAUGAACCUACCAGCGAUAUGGAUCCGGUAACUCGAUCUAUUGUGUACCACACAAUAGAGCGGCUAAACAGCCAGAAUCGCUCGAUCCUGCUCACAUCGCACAGCAUUUCUGAGAUCGAUCACAUCUGCCAGCGGAUAGCGAUCCUGAAGGAUGGCCACCUGCUGACGGUGGAUACGCCGGAAAGCUUGACCGAGCUGUACGGCAACAAUUACCUGAUCACCCUUUACCUGGAGGAGAAUCGGGAGGUGGAUCUUAUUAGGUCCAUCAAACGCGAGUUCAACAUCAGCCAGGAACUGAUUCAGAAUAAAAACACGCUGCAGUUUGUAUGCAAGGUACAACCGGAGCGGAAACAGGUCGGUGCAGAAAAGCUGCACGCGAAUAGCCAGGUUACCAUCAACCUGAAUAACAAUACAAUCGAUUCGGGCCCGGCACUGGCAAGUAGCAUCAGUGUCUUAGUUUUAAAAUUGCACCAAUUUGCCCAAAACAAUCGGUUACGAUACACGAUAACCAGGUGUUUGUUGGAUCUGGUGUUCGAAACAGUCCUGCAAAAACACGAUGAGGAGCACACCAAUCCUAGUUUCGUGGAACAGUAAAGUAGAACCGUCCAAAUUUCAUAAAAUUCCUUCGUGAAGUUAAGUUACAUAGUGUUAAGUUGGUUUUAGAAUAAAACAAUGGACAUCAA